AUGUCUUCAACAUUUAACUGUCUACCGAAUGAACUUAUUGUGUGCAUAUUUGCAUAUUUGGAACCGGCUGAUAUUUAUAAUGCAUUUUUUGAUUUAAAUGAACGUUCAAGGAAGCUAAUCAAACAAUUUAUUGUAUUCAAUUCAAAAUCAUUAGAUGCCGAUAUUUUACGGCUUUCAACAUUGCAUAGUUGGUAUAAGCACCUAAAUUUAGCCAAAGGUACAAUAUUUUAUUUAGUACCUGCUCAAGCCGAACAACCACGAUAUGGUUUUGAUUUAAGAAUUCAAGAUUAUUGCGGUAUUCAUUGGUAUUUUUUUACUGCACUAAAAAUUCCCGUGUCGAAUGAACGAAUUCAAUUAAUCGUCGAAAAAUACCCAGUCAAACUAAAUCCAUUCUUUUAUCAUCAGUCUUUCGAAUAUAACGGUAAAAAAUCUUAUUAUGGUGCGGACUUAAUUCAUCGAUGUAACUCAAAAAAGGAUAUUGAUAGUUGGUUAGAAAAAUAUUAUCCAAAACAGGCUGUAUGGCUGAAAGGAAAUGGCUUUCAUAGCGAUAAUGAACAUAUCGUUUCAAUAUUCGAAGCUGAAUAUGAUCGUCAACGAAAAUUAAUUAGACAAGCGGCGAAACAUGUUUGGGACGAUCUGAAACAAAAUAAUAUUAAUAUUUUACAAAUACAAUUUGGCUAA